UUGAUGUUUGCUGUUUGUUGAUUGAUUGAUUGAUUGUUGUUUGUUGAUUGGCAUCAAACGUUGGUAUUCGUAGUUCCUGAUCAUAGGUAACAGACCUUGCACUAUUCUUUUUCCUGAACUUUUUUUGUGAUUAUGUCUUAUGUGGAUAUCAUAUUCUCUUUUUGGUAUUACUGUUGUCCAGUCCUUGGAAUAAUGCAUUUCUAAGUAUUUAAGGUACAGGACAUAUCACAUUUGCUCUUUGUUGUGUUGCUAAGGACACUGAUGGGUUGAGUUGGCAUGUAGCGCAGUCGUGGAUUGCCCAUCAACCUGCUGAGCUCUUUCUGGAUAGGACAGAGGUACAAUAUUUACAUCCAUGGCAGAAGGUUCUUAACCCUGAACUCAUCAAAGGUCCUUGGACUCAAGAGGAAGAUGACAAAAUUAUUGAUCUUGUAAGCAAGUAUGGACCAACAAAAUGGUCUCAUUGCAAGGACCUGUAGAAGGACCCUCCCACCUCAGCGCAGGUCCUGUAGGUGAGGACAGUUUCCACUGGCAGGCCACUAUCAUGGGAUCCUUGGACAGCCUGUUUACUGGUGGUCUAUUUUUGGUGAACAUACAUUUCCCACCGGAUUAUCCCUUCAAGCCCCUGAAGGUCUCUUUCCGCACCAAGGUGUUCCACCCAAACAUUAACAGCAACGACAACAUUUGCCUUGACAUUCUCAAGGAACAGUGGAGCCCGGCUUUGACCAUAUCAAAGGUCCUCCUGUCAAUCUGUUCGUUGCUGACGGACCCCAACCCCGAUGAUCCUCUGGUGCCUGAGAUCGCUCACAUGCACAAGACUGAUUGGGCCAAGUAUGAGUCCACAACACGCUCCUUGACACAGAAGUAUGCCAUGGGUGGAUGUAUAGGCAAGCAAUGUCGAGAGAGUUCUUCUCACCUAUAGCUAAAGUCGAAGACGACAAAUCAGGUGAAUUAUUGGAGUUGCUGGACAAUAAAUCAUCGGUCAUCUGAAUCUUCAUUUGUAAAUAUGACUGCUGGUGCUGCUGAUGAUGCUAGCCAUCGGCUUGGAACUGAUGAGAGACAACCGUUGUUGCCAACUUGAAACAUAUCCCAAAAUAAGUGACUCAACUUUGUACUAACUUUGUACUAAAGUUAGUGCAAAGUUAAGUCACUUAUUUUGGGACAGAGGGAGUAUUUUUUAGGUAUGAAUGGCUUACCUCUCCUCCUCUCGCGUCUGGUGAGGCAAUUCGUCCUCGGUUCGUGCCUCUCCUCCUCUCGCGUCUGGUGAGGCAAUUCAUCCCCGAUUCCCUCUCCUCUCACCUCUGACUUUAUAUUGCUCGACCCCGCUUGAUUCAUCCGUUUAGAUUAGAAGAAUCGCGUCUGAUUUGUCAUUUUGCUCGUUCUCAAUUCAUCUGUCUUAAAGUGUGUCUGAUUCGACUGAUUUUGCUCGUCCUAGAUUCGCCCGUUUAGAUAGGAAAAUCAUGUCUAGUUUAAUUUACUCGUCCUCCUCGUCACUAUAGAGUCGCUCGUGAUAUGAUUUUGCUUGUCCUCGUUGUUGCCCUGAUGCUCUCGCGUGUUCUUGGGGCCGUCUCGUUAGGGGUCUCCGUCCCUGCGACUCUGGGAGGAAGCGGGCGAGUGAGCGAGCGGUCAGUCGGUCUGAUUUGCGAAAAGCCUGUUUGAGAAACUUCUGUUCCUGCGUUUCGUGUUCACGGUGGAGCGACGGUUCCUGCGUUUACUUGUGCGUGCGCUUCUGUUAUCUGACUAUCCUGCGUUUCGUGUUCGUGUCGGGGCGACGGUAGCAGGAACGAUCGGUUCUGGUUUCCGAAAUUGGAGCA